GAAUUUCAAAAUAGUUUACCAGAAACCGGUCGGAUUGAAUCGAUACUGAGAUAUUCUUUCUGCGCUUCGCUGUUCAUAUAGGUUUACUUUUAAAGGUUUUAAGAUGUCUGAGCAUGAAGAAAUUGACGAAGGAUUUUAUUCCCGGCAACUGUAUGUGUUAGGUCGUGAGGCAAUGCAGCGGAUGGGUGAGGCUAACAUCCUGAUAGCUGGCAUGCGCGGCCUGGGUGUGGAGGUAGCGCACAACGUCAUCCUCUCCGGGGUGAAGUCCGUCACGGUGCAGGACGAGGGCCAGGUUCUGUGGGAGCACUUGAGUUCCCAGUUUUUCCUGCGCGAGGCUGACCUCGGCCAGAACCGGGCUGAGUGUUCCCUCCCCCGGCUGGCCAGUCUGAACCCCCGCGUCCAGGUGUCUGCCCACACCGGCCCACUGCAUGAAGACAUGCUCAUGCAGUACCAGGUGGUGGUCCUCACUGACUCCACGCUGGAGGAGCAGAAGCGUCUGGGGAACCACUGCCACUCCCAUGGGAUCCGGUUCAUAGUGGUCGACACCCGGGGACUCUGUGGUCAGUUGUUCUGUGACUUUGGCGAGGAGUUCAUCGUGCUGGACCGGGACGGGGAGACGCCAAUGACUGCGAUGAUCAAUUACAUCACUAAGGGUAAUCCUGGCCUGGUGAGCUGUUUGGACGAAGAGAACCACGGUUUUCAAGAUGGCCACAAAGUUUCCUUCUCUGAGGUUCGGGGCAUGGCAGAGCUCAACACCAUGGGUCCUCAGGAGAUCAAAGUCAUCAGUGGUCAUUCGUUCUCCAUCGGUGACACCUCUGGCUUUACUGAGACCGGCCAUGGUGGAGUAGCGACCGAAGUCAAACAGCCCUCGACAAUUACAUUUAAACCAUUGGAAGAGGCGUUAAUGGACCCUGAGCUGCUGGUCAUGACUGAUUAUGGGAAGAAGGCACGGCACCAGACCCUGCAUCUGGCCUUCCAGGGCCUCCAUAUGUUUGUCCAGAAGGAGCACCGACUUCCCAAGCCCACGUCUCAGGCCGACGCUGCUGUGCUGCUGGGCAUGGUGAGGGGGCUGAACGCGUCGGCCCAGCUGGAGACGCUGGACGAAGACGUGGUUCUGCUCCUGGCCCGCACAGCUCGGGGGGAUCUGGCCCCGCUCAACGCCUUCAUGGGAGGGGUCGCUGCUCAGGAAGUGCUGAAGGCCUGCAGUGGGAAGUUUAAACCUCUUAUACAGUGGCUGUACUUUGAUGCACUGGAAUGUCUUCCCAAAGACGUCGACAACAAAGACGAGCAACUGAGUGACAGCACCUUUUCACCUGACGGCUCUAGGUACGACGGCCAAAUCGCUGUGUUUGGCUCUAAAUUCCAGGAGAGACUCGGGAAGCUCAAGUAUUUCCUGGUGGGAGCUGGUGCUAUUGGCUGUGAGCUGCUGAAGAACUUUGCCCUCAUGGGCCUGGGUGCUGGGGAGGGGGGACACAUCACUGUCACAGACAUGGACUCCAUAGAGCGCUCCAACCUGAACCGACAGUUCCUGUUCCGGUCCAAAGACAUCGGAAAAAUGAAGUCGUCUGUGGCGGCGGAAGCGGUGCGAGAGAUGAACCCCAGUGUGAACAUCACAGCCCACCAGAACCGGCUGGAUCCGGAGAGCGAGCGCGUCUACGAUAGGUCCUUCUUCAGGGGUCUGGAUGGCGUGGUCGCAGCCCUGGACAACGUGGAGGCCAGGGUCCAUCUGGACAAACUCUGUGUGCUGCACCAGAGGCCCAUGCUGGAGGGCGGGACCCUAGGGACCAAGGGCCACACUCUAGUGGUGGUCCCACAUCUGACCGAGUCCUACGGACAGCCCAAGGCCGAUACCGAGGGGGCCAUCCCACUGUGUACGCUGAAGAACUUCCCUCACCGUAUCGAACACACUCUGCAGUGGGCCAGAGACCAGUUUGAGGGGUGGUUCAAACACGUGCCGGAAAAUGUCAAUCUCUUUCUGAGGGACCCGGGCUUCGUAGAGCGGACACUGGGCCGUGGUGAGGCCGAGGCGCUGGAGGUCCUGGGGGGGGUCUUUGGAGCCCUCAGGGACGGAGGAGCCCAGGGUCACCGGCCCACCUGCUGGGAAGACUGCGUGCACUGGGCGCGCUGUCGGUGGGAGAGCCUGUUCAGCAAUGAGCUACGACAGCUCCUGCACUGUUUCCCCGCUGAUCAGCUCACCACAUCAGGGCUGCCCUUCUGGUCGGGGACCAAGCGGUGCCCGCGCCCACUGACCUUUGACCAAAAGAAAGAGCCCCACAUGCAGUACAUCGUGGCGGCCGCUAACCUCUACGCGCACAUCUAUGGGAUCGCCGGGACAAGGGACUGCGCUGCCAUCAGAGUGACUCUGAGGGACACCCCCGUGCCCGCCUUCGUGCCCUCCUCCAGGCUCUCCGACAGGCCCAUCACGGAGGAGGACCAGGAGCGGGGGAUCACUGACGACGGCAAGGCCCGACUAGAGCAGCUGACAGAGGCGCUGCGUUCCCUGGCGCUGGAAGGCCCCGCGAUGCACAUGCACCCUGUGGAGUUUGAGAAGGACGACGACAGUAACUUCCACAUGGACUACAUCACCGCCGCGUCCAACCUCCGAGCAGAGAACUACGACAUCCCUCCAGCGGACCGCCUCCAGAGUAAGCGCAUCGCUGGGAGGAUCAUCCCGGCCAUCGCGACCACCACGGCGGCGGUGGCCGGCCUGAUGUGUCUGGAGCUGUACAAGCUGGUCCAGGGCCACCGGGAGGUCAGCUCCUACCGGGCAUCCUUCCUCAACCUGGCCGUGGACUACUUCGUCCUGUCCUACCCCUCCAGCCCAGCCAGCUUCACUGUUGCAGGAAGGGAGUUCACCCUGUGGGACGACUUCCCGGUGGAGAGCCGACGGGACGCUCAGCAGGAAAUGACCUUGGAGGGGCUGCUUAAACAUAUGAAGACGGAGCACAACCUGCAAGUCAGCGGUCUGUACUACGGGUCUGCUGUUCUCUACAGCGACACCUCCUUACACAAGGACAGACUGAGGCAGAGUGUAUCUGAUGUGGUGCGAAUGGUGACCAAAUCAGAGAUUCCUCCGCACACACACAUUCUGGAGAUCUAUGCCUCGUUUGCUGAAGACGAAGACUGUGAGGACGUUCCACCCAUCAGGUACCUGCUCCAGUGAGGUCACUGAGGUCCACAGCGGAGCUCUCUUCUUCAUUUCUUUCGAAGAUCCCAUGUUAUAAGGGUCAAUGGUGUUUCAAAUAUUGGGCAAAGACGACUAAACUACUGCUUUUUACCUCCCUUCUGUCAUUACGUGAAAUUAAAGGUUUUAAUGUGCUUGUAUUUUUUAAAAUACAAUUUUAGGCCAUCUGUAUGUUUUAAGUGCACUUGUGUCCAGUCACACAAUUGCAAUGUUCUAUGCACUUGAUAGGCUCUUCACUCAUAUAAACCAUCAAAUGUAUCAAAGACAGUGAUAUGCUCUCUCUAAAGUCUGAGGUUAAAACACCUCUGUCCUGCCAGGCCUUAAACACAUCUAUUAUUGGGAUUUUUGUUGCUGCCAAAUAUUUUUCAAUUGUAGAUGUUCUGGAAACAGGAUAUCUGUUUAACUGUAUUAGUAUUUUAGUUUUCAUGUAGGCGCCAAUUGUAUCUGCAUGUGGGGAUGUCAAUCUGUAUUCAUUUAUAAAACUUCUCGCUGGCUCCAGCAGCAAAAUAGAUUUCCAUUGUUAAUGCUGUGACUGUUUUUGUUGAUGAUUAGCUGCUUUCAUGACCAAGUGUCACAAUAAAGGUGAAUCUGCCGAUGAGGAA